AUGUCCGUCAAGACGAAAGGCCUGACCGAUCAGCUCUACGGAGUCGUCUCCUCAAUUUUCCCCGGCGAUUGUUUCGAACAACUGGUCCUCCAACACAACUUCUUCCAUCGUAUGUCAUCUUCUGAACUCUGAUUGGUCGAAAUGGUUCUUUCGUUCAGCAACCUGCGGCAAAGCGGUUCUGAGCCGAUUCCUCGGCCUCGCGAUUACCGUCGGAUCCGUUCUGCUCUUUGUUCCCCAAAUUUUGAAGAUUUAUUCGGCUAAGAGCGCUAAGGUAAUGGAGGAUCAGUCAUUGAAAUGAAAAUUUUAUAGUUUUUGACAAAAAGAAAAAAGAAAAUGAUUUUUUUCUCUCGCAAGUACUCAAUUGACUGAAAAAAUGUAGGAGAAUUAAUUAAUUUUUUUGAAACAUUUCAAGACUUCAUAAAUUUAUUUUUCAUGCAAAUUAUGUAUUUUAACAGUGUGUUUUAGGACUUAGUUUCAUUGAAAAACGAUGUUCUGUGAAUAUAUUUUUUUAUAUUUUUAAUAUAUUUUUUUGGUUAAGAGCGCCAAGGUAAUGGAGGAUCCGCCAUUAAAGUAAAAUUUUUGCAGUUUUUGACAAGAUUCACUUGAAGAAUUUCUAUUAGAAGUUUUUAAAAACGUUAUUUUUUAUGGAAAGUUAAAAUUUUAACAGUGCUAUUUUAGGAUUUCGUCCCAUUAGGACGAUUUUCUGGGAUGAUAUUUCAGGUUUUAAUAGAUUUGUUCGGCUAAGAGUGCCAAGCUAAUGAAGGAAUCUUCAUUAAAUGAAAAUUUUCAGUUUUUUUGACAAGAUUUACUUGAAGAAUUUCAAUGAAAAAAACUUUAUACACCUAUUUUUUUAUAUGAAAACUGCGAAAUUGGGUUCUUGUUUCAUUUUUUUAAAAAAAUUUUUCUGAGAAGAUGUUACAUAAGUAAAUAAAAAAAUAAAUAAAUAAAUUUAUCGUACAAACAGCUUUUUCUGUUCACUUUUUGCUAUACAAAACUGCAAUAAAAGGUCUUGAAGAGAAUUUCGGUCAAUAUUAAUAUAUGAUCUUUUUGGCAGAAGAGAAAAACGGGACAAGUUUGUGUGAAACAGGGUAUUAUUACUUUGAACUCUUGAAAGUUAUAUUUUCCAGGGAAUUUCUCUCAUCUCCCAACUCCUAGCCCUCGUUGGAGCCGCCUCUACCGCCGCCUACAGUUAUCGAUCGAAUUUUGUUUUCCCGUUGGUUUUGAUGUAUUUUUAAAGAAAUUGAACUGUGAUAAAGUCCCGGGCAUUGCCCAAAAAUAUCCCGAGCAAGGCCCAGAAAGGAGGCAAAAAAUGGUUCUAGAGCUCUUUUUCAGGUUUCUAAAAAAGUAUCAAAAAUUUCACUGAAUUUUCUUUCACCGUUUUCCUGCCUUUUAUCUUCUUUUUCGUUAAAAAGGCUCUUUUUAGUUGAAGGUUAAGGAAAAAGGUAUUUUUUUAUGUUCUUCUAGACUUUUUCCUGUUGUUUAAAAAAACUGUGUGAAGGACCUUAAAAAAAGCUUUUCAAUCAUUUUUAUCAGGAAAUAUUUAAACUUAACGGCGUUCUUAUGAAGAAAAAAACCUGUCAAAAAGUCUAUCAAAGAAAUUUAAUUUUUUUGAUAUUUAUGGAGAUUUUGGAGAUUUCAAAAUUCGCUUUAUGAAGUAAUAAGCAAUCUUUAUAGAGAUUUUUCGGAAAAAAAAUGACGCUUCUAUUCCAUUUUUAGGCCUUAGAUUGACAUCAGUUGCUUGAAAGUUCUCUUUGUAAUCCAUAAGAUCAUGGAAUUGAACCAUGGUAACGUUUAAAAGCUGCCUAAAACAUGAUUUUGACAAUUUCAAAUCAUUUUUAUCAGAAAUUAUUUGAUUUUUACGAGGUUCUCUACUAGAAAUCCAGUCGAAAAUCCUUUCGAAAGAAUUUUUUUUUUUUGAUGUUCAUGAAGAAUUUGAUGAAUUUUUUGUUUAGAAAUCAGACAUUUAUAGAGGAUUUUGGAAAAAAAUUUCCAUUUUCAUUCCAUUUUUUUAAGCUUAAGUUGACAUUCCUUGCAUGAAAUUUUUACUCAAAAAAAUUCAGGAAAUAUCUUUAAAAUUCAUAAAGUUCUGGAGUUGAGCCAUGGUAGAGUUUAGAAGCUGUCUAAAAAAACAUGAUUUUUGACAGGUUUUUUUCAAAUUUGUUUCAUCAAAAAAAUCCUUAAUUUUAUAUUUACUCACCAGCAGCAGUUGACCCAUGUUCAUUCAGUUUUUUUUGAAAAUUUGCCGCUUUUGUUCAAAUUUUGAGCCCUACUGGAAAAAUUUUUAGUGGUCACUCUAGAGCCUCGCCAAGAACUACUUGGAUAGGACACUAAAGUGGCCACUAAACCGACCUCUAUAGUCGCCACUAUUUUCUGAUUUAGUGGCCACUGCAGUAGUUUUUCAUCCAGUUUUCCUUCCAGUAACUCUGAUAACUUUAAAACAAACAGAUCGGACCAGUUAUGUUGAUCCAUUGACCCCUAAAGUGGCCACUAAAAUUUUAAGUGGUCUAAUAGUAGCACUUGGACCUCUAUAGUGGCCACUUAUUUUUAACUCCUUGAGUGGCCACUAACUUGACUACUACAGUGGCCUCUAAAACGUCAAAACCCAAUAGUGGCCACUAAAAUUUUUCUCAAAAUGCAAUUUUUCAACCUUCCAGACAAUGGGGCGACACUCUUUUCGUCUCGAUCCAAGUUGUCAUUAUCAUCCUCCAGAUUUUGUACUACCAAGGCGCUUUCUUCUCUUCGGCCAUCUUCUUGGCUUUCGUGUAGGUUUUUUUUUUCUUACAAUACAAAUUAAUUUCAAAUUCUUCAUUUAUUUUUCAGUUCUUCAUCAGUUUACGCCGUCGUUAACGGCUUGGUUCCCAUGGAAGCCCUGACGGGCCUCCAAGCUGCUGGAAUUCCGAUCGUUUUCAUCAGCAAAGUCGGUUUUUAGUGGAAGAUUUCGACAGAAAAUUGACAGUUACCUCAGAAAAGUUAGGGAUUUUGGGAUAAAAUUGAAUUUUUUGGUGGAUUUAUGCUAGUUUUUGACACUGGAAAGUGGUAAUUUUCGAUUUUGAGACUGUGUGAUUUUCCAAUUCUCUGAAUGAUGAGAAUUAUGAUGAGAAAUUCAGAAAAUUUGUAGAUUUUUGUCGGUUUUUAGGCUGAAAAUGAGAAAAAUAUUCAAACUUGUAUAGAAAACUGUGAAUUUUUCAAAUUUUUUUACAGUGAAAAAUUUAUUCCUUUCUUCAAUAGAAUGUCCGAAAUAAAUCAUAAUUCAAAAAAUAAUCAUUUUUCCAUUUCUGCAGACCCUCCAAUGCCUGCAAAACUACAGAGAAAAGAGCACCGGCCAGCUUUCUCUCAUUUCCGUUUUCUUGCAAUUUGCAGGUUAGUUAGGACCCUUUUAAAGGUUCCGACUUGUGGAACUAUUGAUUUUAGUUCAAAUUUGCAUGGGUUGCUGUUUUAGAGUUAAAAAAUGUUAGACUAUUCCAAGCCAAUUUGUAAAGAUUUUGUAUCUCUUCCGAGCUACUGAACCCUUCGCUUCGAUGCGCGUAGCCUGUCUCUAAGCAUGCGCCUUUAUUUUAGCCUAAACCGUUUUAUUAAAGGCGCAUGCAGAGAGGCAGGCCGCGCGUACCGAAGAGAAGGGUUCUGUAGCUCGCAGGAAGAUAAAGCUGCUGCAAAACGGGCUAUAGUCUGUACAGAUUUUGAAUUUAAAGUCAAUGCUCAAACUCCGCCCCUUAUGCGUAGAUCGAACCAAUCAGAGCGCGAGCUAUUCAUAGAGCGUUUUUGAGGGCGGGGUUUGCUGCUUGACAUCGCCUAUAUACGACAAGCGCGAGUUUUCCGUUUCCGAAGAGUACGGUAUGUGAAAUUCUGCAUUCUGUGGGGUGCACUUUCUCUGAUGCAAUGAGGUUGUAACCAGCAGCGAACCCCGAAAAAGUGAACUUUUCGUUGAUUUUUUCGUUGCACCCCCGUUGGAGAUGGAAGGUGUGCACCUCUGGUGUCUCUAAUAAAAAUUGGGUUGUAACCAGUAAUGAACCCCCCUCCCCCCCCAAAAAAAAUUAUAUUUACGUUGAUGCUUUUCGGUGCACCCGCGUUAGACAUGGACGGCGUGCACCCCUGGUGCCUCUGAUAAAAAAAUUGGGUUGUACCUCGCAGUGAACCCCCCCUCCCCCCAAAAAAAAAUAUUUAUGUUGAUGUUUUCGGUGCACCCGUGUUAGACAUGGACGGCGUGCAUCCCCGGGGCAAUCGGUCAAAAAAAAAAAGAUUCUUUGAGCUACCGUAAUGACUAACUCUAACAAAAGUAGCGGCGCACCCUGUCUGGAAUCCCCGGUUCCACUCCGGGGUGCACCCCGUUUAGCUUCAAAUGCCUAUUAAGGUACUUCUUCCGUACACGAUUUCGAAGGGGUUUUUUCUAAUUAUCACCAUUUUCUACAAUUUCUUCUUAGACUUUUAAAGUCUGUUCAGAUUUUGAAUGUAAACUCAAGCUCCGCCCCUAAUGGUGCGAUAAACCAAUCAGAUAGCGAGCCAUCCACAGAGUGUUUUUGAAUGACGUCAUUGCACUUGACAUUAAGAAUCUGAACAGACUAUACGGUAGCUCAAAAAGACUUUUCAUUUUCGACCAGUUGUUCCAAAGGUGCACGCUAUCCGGGUCCAACGCGGGGUGCACCGGAAACGUCAAUUGAUUCUUAUUUCUUUAAUGAAUCAUAAAGGAUGGUUCCAUUUCAAUAAAGCUCAAAAUCGAAAUAGAAAAAAAAAACGCGAGCAUGGACCCCUCGGAAGCGUCACGCAACAAAAGUGCAAACACGCAAAGUGCACAACUCGAAAUGCGGACUUUCACCUACAGUACUCUUCGGAAACAAAACCCUCAUUUUUCGUCUCACCCAACAGUUAAAAACAUAGAAAAUCAGCACAUUUCCAGGAACAUUGGCCCGUGUGUUCACCUCCGUCCAGGAUACCGGUGAUCAGCUUCUCAUCAUUUCGUAUGGAAGUGCCGCCGUCCUCAACGGCCUGAUCUUCGCCCAAUUUUUCAUUUACUGGAACUCGACCAACGCCAAGAAGAAGUUCAAUUAA